AUGUCAGAUUCCAGUGAUGACGAAUACGAAGUAAAAGCAAAAAAGCAGAAAAUGUCCCGGGAAGCGUCCGAUGAAGAAUGUGAAGGUUUGGAGCCUGUCGAAGUUGAAAAAGUGCAAACAGACGAAGAUAAGAUGAAAGAGUUCGCAACAAUCACCGCUACCGAUGAAAUUAUGGCUCAAACGAUUCUUCAAGACGUGGGAUGGGAUCUAAAAAGAGCGUUGGACGUUUUCUUCGGGAGCGAUGCUUUCAAAGAGGCCAGAGCAGAAGUUGUUAUGGGUCCAACUUCUUCAGAACCUUCUGGAACUCUAAAAAUGACUGCGGAGGAUUUGAAGGGACUUGAAAUCAAUGUGAUGUCAUGGAAUAUCGAUGGACUCGAUGGACGAAGUUUGGCGACAAGAAUGAAAGCAGUUGCUCAAAUUGUUAAAAGCGUGAAUCCGGACAUUCUAUUUCUACAAGAAGUUGUUGAUCGUGACCUCGGACCAAUCGACAAACUUCAAUCCCUUUAUAAAAUCUACUACUCAAACAGAGGAUGCCAAUACUAUACAGCAAUUCUUGUUUCAAAAAUGUUCGAAGUGGAGAAACAUGACGUCAUUCAUUUUCAAAACUCUGGAAUGUACCGUACGCUUCAGAUCGUCGAAGGAUCGAUUGGUGGCAUAAAAGUAUUCCUUCUGAAUACUCAUCUGGAGUCUACACGUGAACAUCGGGGUCAACGGUGUGCCCAAUUCAGUUUUUGCAUGGACAAAUGUGAAGAGAUUCUAGCUCAAAAUCCCGGAUGCUUUCUUUUUUUUGGUGGUGAUCUUAAUUUGAGAGAUGAGGAAGUUUCGAGGAUUCCUAAUGGUAUUCUUGAUGCCUGGGUUUCAGCUGGAAGUGAUACGAAAACUAAAUUCACAUGGGAUACUUACAGAAAUGAUAACAAGCAAGGAUUCUAUAAUGCAAAAAUGAGAUUCGAUCGUCUCUACUGGCAUGGACCGCUCAAUAAAGUGCAGUUUUCACUGGAAGGUCGUCAGCGCAUUCGUUCCUGUUUGUGCUUCCCAUCUGAUCAUUGGGCCAUUAGCGCCACAUUUUCAGCUAUCUAA